UAUGUUACAAAAGUUUUGGCUACAUUAGUAGUUUUUUUGUUAACUGCUGCUAAAAAAACAAAAAAUGAACCAAGAUGCAAGCACUGUUGAUGUUGAUGUUCAUCAAGAUACUUGUCAAAGCUUUGAGAAUUUAAACUUAUGUAUCAAACAGUUUGUGAAAAGUAUUUGUGAUAAACAUGGAAGCUGUCGAAAGCUUUCCGCCUCCUUUCCAAAAUAUUACAAGAAAAAUGCAGAGAUUGUUCAGGUUGUGUCUGAUCAAUUGUGGGAAAUGUUUGAAACGAAACAACUGCUUAGCAUAAAUCAGUGGAUUGAAGAAGGCAAUCUUCAGUUACUGUUAUGUAAACUGAACAAAGCAAAAGUUGAUGAGGAUUUUGAUUGGAAACCAACAGGUGUACCGGAUAAAGACAUAGAAGCACAUAUUGCAAAUGCUACACAACAUGAAUUGGCCAAACUGACUGAACUGUAUCUGAAAGAAAAAAGUGAAGCUAUAAAACUUAAUGCUGAAAUAAAAGAAAAAGAAACCAAAGUUCAAAAACUUCUUCUUGCUGUUACAGCUCGACAAAAAGAAUUUGAAAAGGUGGUUGACUCGUGUAUUGGUGAAAAACAAAACUUAAGUAAUGCUGAAGCAACAGUGAUGACUUGGGAUCAAAAUUAAACCGAAAGAGGUUAGAACUUUGUCUUAGAUUAGUGCGGUGGAUGGCCGUGUGGAACGCGUUCAAUGAAACUACAUUUGUGGAAGUGGUAAUUGUCGAUCAGCACUAAUUGUUCAAAUGUGGCCAUUAGGUUUUUGUUUUUUAUAACUUUUAUUUAAGUUUAUGGUGUAAAAAAAGUCAACAAUUUAAAUACCAACCAACCAUCAUGUAGUGCUCAUGCAACCACCAGAAUUAGCACCCAUAUAACUGGCAAUCUUAACAGCUGUAGUUUCAGGUAUGGAGUAUCUAAACAUGGUUUUGGCUAUUUCCUUAAUGUUUAUGAUCGAUGUGUUUGAUAUGAUAUGUUGAUGUUGUUUGGGAUGUUGUUUUGCUGUUUUUUGAACUGUCUUGUUUAGAAGAUAAUUCAAUUUUUGUCGGUCCUUUUCCAUCCGUUCUUCUCCGUACUCUCUUACUUUUCGCCACAAAGUUUUGUUAAAAUGCUGAUAGAGUGCAUGGUCCUGCAAAAUAUGUCCUUUUAUAUUUUUCACAAACUUUUUACAUUUUUUAUCGACCAACAGCCACACCCAGCACUACAAUAUUAUAUUUACAUAAAUAAACACAAAUCUGUUUUUUUUACCAAAGCAUUCCAUUGCUCAAAUAUGUUUCUAUUUUUGUUGCUCAACUCCUCUGUUUUAUACGUAAAGUGCUUCUUAAUUUUGUACACCACGUUGUUCCAUGAUAGACAUAAAAGAUCCUGCAUGAUGUAUUUUGUAAGCAAUUAAAAUGCAGCUGUUAUAGCUCUACACCACCCAUAAUACCCUAGGGUUUGCACAUUUAAAACUACUAUGGAUACAAAUGAUACUUAGGAAGGUGCUUUGUCUUAUUAAGCAGCAAUCAGUUCUACUAACACAGUUUUUCUUGCUAAAUAUUUACCCAAUAGAUACUUUAUAAUGUAGUCUUGUUCUAACAAUACUUACUGUUCAUACAAGAUCAAUGGUUUAAUAAAGAAGACAGCAGAGCUCUAA